GAAAGAGACAAAGACAGAGAGAGAAGUGUGCAACCAGCGGAGAUGCUAUCGCCAGGCAUCGGUUCUCCAACGAAAGCAAUAAAUGUCCAACCCAGGAGACGAGGCGGUGGCGGCGCGGGGGUCCUGCUCCCUCUCUCGCGCGGGACAAGAAGGCACACGUCCUCCCUCUCUGGAUUGGGCCCCCCUUAACAUUGCGGAGAUAAAAGCACGUGUAUGCCAAAGAUGCACAUGGCUGUAACUCGACGCAGGGCUCGAGGCUGGCUGGGCCGGGACAACUUCGGCACCCUCUCCUUCUCGGAGGAGGACCCGGGCAGCACUCGACUUGGCCAGUGGGCAAAGAUAGCCAAAUGGGCCCAGCAGCAGGUGGCCCGCGCCCACCCAGCCGGCGAUCAAUCUAGCAGCGGUCGUUCGCGAGUGUGUGUGUGUGUGUGUGUGUGUGUGUGUGUGUGUGUGUGUCGGUCGCUACCCUUUUUUUUUACGCGUCAGUCUGUAGAGGCUCGCCCGCUGGGUCGCCUGUCAUCUCUUCGGGGUGAUUGCGAAAAAAAGGAGGGCUCCCGCGACAUCGGCGAGCUGCGCUUUGUGGCCAUUGGUCAGCGGGCGGUUCGCGCGCGUUGCAUCCCGCUCAUUGUGUGUGAGUGUGUGUGAUCGCCUCUGCCCCGCGCGCGUCCCUCCCGGUUCAAGGCCUAUGAGCUCCACUAAUUUCGUGUCAAAAUCGCCAUCGCCAUCGUCCUGGGGGGAGGGCGCGGCUAUAUAAGAUACAAAGUAGAGCGAACUUGACCGUCAGAACGAACAUCUCCUCCGCUCCGGGACCACGGCAGCACUCCGGCGACGACAUGAGGCUCUUGUGCGUGAUCCUUCUGCUGGCCGCGGCCGUGUCCGCCGCCAAGACGAACCCGGAGAAGAAGACGGCCGUGGAGGAGGAGAGGAAGGACGAAGGGACAAAGAAGGCCGAGGGCGCCAAGGACUCCAAGGACGACAGAGGAAAGCGGGGCAUCUUUGGCGAGGGCUACGGGUACCAUACAUCGUCGGCGUCGUUCGCAGCGCCCUCUUACCCAUCCGUCAGCUAUCCGUCCGUCAGCUACCCCGCUGCCAGCUACCCCUCCACCAGCUACCCCUCCGGAGGCUACUCACAUGCUAGCUACCCUUCCGCAAGCGUCUCUCACUCCAGCUACCCUUCUGUAAGCUACCCUUCAUCCAGCUACCCCUCAGUCAGCUACCCUUCCGUAAGCUACCCUUCAGCCAGCUACCCUGCCGUAAGCUACCCCUCCGCCGGCUACCCCUCAGUCAGCUACCCCUCCGCCAGCUACCCUGCGCCAACCUACACAGGCAGCGCUCCUAGCUACGCUUCGCCCAGCUAUGUCGCCCCCAGCUACACGGCUGGGGCCCCCAGCUUCGCCGGUGCUGGCCUGGCUGGCCCCGUCUCCUACGCCCCUGGCGCCCCUGUCGCCCAGGUCACCGUUCAGGACGGCUCGGUGCCCGUCACCACCAUCGAGCGCCGACAGACUGUGGCCAUCCCGCAGCCCUACCCCGUGACCUACGAGACCCGAGUGCCUGUCCAGGUGCCGGUGCCCGUUCAGGUGCCCGUCGACCGCCCAGUCCAGGUGGACGUGCCCAAGCCCUACCCGGUCUACGUGAACCGGCCAGUGCCCGUGACCGUGGAGAAGAAGGUGCCCUACCCUGUCAAGGUGCACGUCAAGGUACCAGUGAAGGUGCACGUGCCCGUCGACGUGCCACAGCCCUACCCCGUGCGAGUCGAAGUGCCCCAAGCCGUCCAUCAGCCGCACCCAGUGCCGGUGUACGUGAAGGAGCACGUUCACCAUCACCAACACCACCACCACUCACCACCUCCCAGCUGGUAGUCUAGUCUGCUCAUCUUGUACAUAUUUCUCAUUUUGUCAUCAUUUUCGCGUCACUGUUAUAAUUUUAUUAAAUAAAGUUGAUUUUCUUACAA